CCGCCUCGGUCCGUCCGCGAACGCGUUCCGCUGGCUGGGUCCCCGCGCCCCGUGGUCCCCGGCGCUGGCUCCACGCUUUUCCGUGGUCCCGCGGGUCCUGCUGCGGGCGCCGAGAUGCGUCCCCUGCUCGGCCUGCUCCUGGUCUUCGCUGGCUGCACCUUCGCCCUGUACUUGCUGUCGACGCAACUGCCCCGCGGACCGACACUGGGCUCCCCCGAGGAGACGGGAGGCAGGUCACUAUGGUUCCCCUCUGACCUGGCCGAGCUGCGGGAGCUCUCUGAGGUCCUUCGAGAUUACCGGAAGGAGCACCAGGCCUAUGUGUUCCUGCUCUUCUGCAGUGCCUACCUCUACAAACAGUGCUUUGCCAUCCCCGGCUCCAGCUUCCUGAACGUUUUAGCGGGUGCUUUGUUUGGACCAUGGCUGGGGCUUCUGCUGUGCUGUGUGUUGACCUCGGUGGGUGCCACAUGCUGCUAUCUGCUCUCCAGUAUGUUUGGCAAACAACUGGUGGUCUCCUACUUUCCGGAUAAAGUGGCCCCGCUGCAGAGGAAGGUGGAGGAGAACAGAAACAGCUUGUUUUUUUUCUUACUGUUUUUGAGACUUUUCCCCAUGACGCCAAACUGGUUCUUGAACCUCUCGGCCCCGAUUCUGAACAUCCCCAUGGCGCAGUUCUUCUUCUCUGUUCUUAUCGGUUUAAUCCCCUACAACUUCAUCUGUGUGCAGACAGGCUCCAUCCUGUCAACUCUGACCUCUCUGGAUGCUCUUUUCUCCUGGGGAACUGUCUUUAAGCUGUUGGCCAUAGCUCUGGUGGCCUUAGUUCCUGGAACCCUCAUCAAAAAAUUUAGUCAGAAAGACCUGCAUUUGAAUGGCACAAGCAACGCCAACCAUCUAAAUAGUAGAAAGCACACGUGAUGCGGAUUUUUUGGUUGCUGUGUCCCUGGACUCUUGCUUAUUUGUAUAAUGGAUGUGGUCCUCUGCAGCCCCUCAUUGUUUUUCAGUUACCUGCAACAGGUGAUUUGGACACUUCAUCUGUGUGCAGUGUCUUGUCAUAAAGGACACUGUGCCCUAAAGGUGAAUUACAUCAGGUUCUCAAAUCAGCCUUGGUUUAGCAGGACACUCUGUGAAAUGGAUGACCUCUUGGAAGAAUCCUGUUUAUAUUUUAUUGAAUAACGAGGAACUCAGGAUAAUCUGUUAUACUUGCCUCUUGCCAAGACCUGAGCUGCCUCUGGAGAGGAUGCUGACCGUCUUUGUCCACCGUGCCUCUUGCAAAGCGAUGGGCUGUGGUGACAGGUGGUCUCCUGUUCAGUCCGUGGUGUAUGAUGUUAGUUACGUGACGACGUGUACCCACGUCACUGACAUCACGCUUCAUCUUGUUACUCUCUCGAGGAGUGUUUCUUCUGUACCUUUUUGCUGAUGACCUACCUCUUCCAUAAGUCAAGGGAAAAACGGACAAACUGCUUAGAACUUCCACAGACAGCUCAAGUGCACACUGAUUUCUGUGACGCUCUUUGUGUUCAGACACACUGAUGUUAUCACGUCACAUUUCCUCUUGGUUGCAUGUCCUGACAAUCAAGCUGACUACAAACAGCCUAUUAAAUAUGAAUGGAGCAAACUCUGUAUGUUAUGGAGAAAUUUUUAUCCAUCUGGACAGGACAGGGCCCUUGAAUCACCUGAACCAAAUGACCAUCAGUACAUUUUUUAAUCUCCUUUCUGUGUGAAAUCCCUUCCCCAUCCUCCUGCUAGGAGAAUGGAUUCAGUGUGCUCAGAUAUGAGCCAGUGUACCCUCUGAAUGUUUUUAAAUUUGUCAUUUGCUGAGAAUAACAGGAAUGAUUGUAUUUUAUAUUUUAAUCCAAAAACUUGGUCUUGGGUUAUUUUGUUGUGUUGGAUUUCAGUUAUCUAGCUGCCAUCGCUUCCUACAGCUGCAAUACUGAAUUAGCGCAGACUUGGCUUAAUGCUUCCAGGGACAGAAGGACCUUGGAACCUUAACUGACCAGCUCUACAGGAGGAACUCAUCAUUUCCUACCAGAACUAUCGCCCUUGGGUGUGAUCUGCAGGGUUUUGAUUUGGUUUGGUCAACAGUCUUGCCAAGGCUUUAAUUUAGGCCAUGUGUUCUACAUGAAUUCUUGGGAAUACUCAUUCUUGGGAAGAAUGCAUUCCAAAGAAUUGUUUUUUGGACAUCGUAUGAUCCAAAAAACACAACAGGGACUUCAUUUUUAAAGAUGUGUUGCUUUAAAGGAAGCUUGAGAAUAAAAGUGGGGUUGAGGAGGAGGCUAACUGAACUUUGAAAUCCGUGCCUCUUGGUGUCCUGGAGUAGGGGGAAGGAGGGAGGCAAGGAAGCUGCCCGCACUGUGCCAAGUGUGGGCGCUUUGCCCUCACAGGCUCCUUAGAUUGUUUCUCGCCCUCCUCCCCCGUGGUUUGCAACAGUGUGCCUUAUCAGCUGGGAGUUUAAAGGCAAGGUCGUUUCCCAAAUAAAUGGAUAUAAAUGUUCUGUGUGGUAUGUGUUUGUACAUGUUUCUAACUUUCAAUUCCCCUUGCCAAUGGGAAUCAGGAUUGGCUGAAAAUCAGACAAUCCAAAAAUGGUGUUUUAGCUCUCCACUCUCAGGUGUCUUACCAAUAUUAUUUUUUGGAAGCCAGAUUUUCAUUUUCACCUUUUCCCUUGUUAUGCUCACUUUACAGUGGGGUUACUAAUAACUCCACUGUAACGUAAGUAGCUAUAAGAUGGGCAGCAGGAAAGCCAUAGGGAAGAAGCAGAGUGCCUGUCCAGACUGUGAUAGAAUAAUCAAGAAGAGACUCUAUAACGAAAGCAAAUGAUGACUCUCUUCCUUCUGUGGAUGCGUCUAAGGACAGAGCCACAGAAACCAUCUUUCCCCAUCACCUGUUUUUCUUGGCUGCUGGAAAUUCAGUCACGUAAAGUCUUCCUUUCCCUAAAGUUCUGGCAGAUGUUGAGAUUUGUAACGGCACAUUACUUUUAGGAAAAGACAGGAUCAGAAAACAGUGAAGUGCACUUUUUGUUUAAUUCUAUGCAUUUGUUUGCUUUGAUAGUCGCUCUUGUUCCCAUGGCUAUACAAUUGUUCAAAACAAAGGGAGCUGGCGUAAGAAACCAACACAGGGAGCAGAGGAGACCACAGGGGAGACAGAUGAGGGAGUUCAUUUUGAGACUUUACUAUAAAAAAGGAGUUAAUUUGUUCCAAAUUGAUAAGGAACUUCAAUUAUUGCAAUAAAGAAUUGAAGUGAGUCUUCCCACUUCCGGAGUCUGAGAACUGGUCAUUCUGGAAAUGGAGAGCUACCCUGGUGACAUGGUCAGUAAGGGAUGUCUUCCUGAUAGCUUCAGAGUCUGGCUAGAUUCCGUCCGGCCUGCAACCUCUGGAGGACCCUGCCUGCUUGGUCACUGGGCAGCAGCCUGGGGCUGGGAGCCAGCAUUCCCGAGUGCUAUGAAGUGGCUCUGGAGAGUAGGCUUGUGAUUCUGCCAGAUGUUUCCUUACUGUGGCCUUGCCAUAUGCUCGGGGGCUUGGCUCUAUGUGAAAUCCUGCCAUGCUCUGGUAAGAGGACAGUUACCAAACGCAUUAACCCAACUCCUUUGGGGUAACCCUGUUUCUUAGAGCUCCUCUAUCCUGCCACCUGUCCCUGAGAAGUGUUCCAGGUUCCACAGGGGGUUUCUACCUCACAGCCUAGUUCAUUCCAGUUUGAAUAGGUGCUGGCAGUAUUGGCUGUAACGUGCAAACAAGCAGACUAAUGUGCCUCUUACGUGCUCAUCUGUGAGGUUAGUAACAUUGGUGGUGAGGAUACUAGGCCAUUUAUUCUAUGAGAUCAGCAAAGAAGAAAAAGCUUGCUGCCUGGAAAGGCACUACAUUCAUACUGACGGUACAAGUCAGGAUCUUAAAAAGAAUGUUACAUGGUUUUGGUACAUUAGUCUUACAGUCUAAGGAAGAAGCAAGUAACUGGGACGUAACAUAUUGACUAUGGGGGAUGAGGGAGGAACACAUUCAUUUAACACCAUGAAAUUUUGGAAUUCCGUUCAUCAGUAACUGGUGAUUAUUCAAUCGGAAUUGUAGCCCAAGGGCAAGUGGUGUUUUUCCUGCCAAUGGUACUGCCCUCUGAGAGCGGUAGGGUGGGAUCCAGGAGAACACGGGUGUGAUCCUGUCAUUCUCCCAUCAGGGCUAACUCCAGAUCUCAAACCACCUUUAGGAAAUCAAUUCUGAGCUUAGAGCUGGGAGGCAAACAGGUCUCCCCUUGCACGCCAAUUCUAAUAAAGGGGUAGUUGGCACUCCUAGUGCUGUGUUGAGAGGUUCGAGGCUGUGUCCAGGCUCAGUGGGAAAGAAGAUGGUGAUCAGCAAAUAACAUCGGUCUUGGGUGUUUAGGGUGGAGAUGGUGGAUGGUGGUAUGUGGUGCUAUUUUGGUUUCUGGCUUCGUGGCAAAACAAAAUAUAGCACACUAUACUGCAGAGCAGGGUGGGAAUUCCUUUGUUUCCAAAUAUUACAUUUUUAGAGAAUUUAGUUCCAGGAAGUUCAAGUAGGAACAUUUUAAGGGGAAAAAAUUGAGACUAAGGGCACGGGGAAAAAGAAUAAAUCAUCUGAUCAUUGAGGAUGUAUUUACACUGAAAGGAUGUCACUGCCCUCUAGUGGGGGGAGGCAUUUAAAACUGGGUUGUUACCAGGAAAACCAAAACCAUCAAAUCUAUUACGUAGGGUAAGAGGGAAAUUUACCACAAUGAGGCCCUGAAAUGGGUGUCCUGUACUUAUUAAAUCCUACUAAAAAUAUCCUUAAUUCUAGAAGGAUGGAUUUUUGGAUACUAAAACUCUAAAAUAUCCAAAUUUCAAGUACGCCAUACCAGAUUAUUUUCAACUUUCUGAGUCAGCACUCCCCACAGUCUUGCAAAUGUCUCUAAACUUUAAGGUCUGUUAUAAUUUCAAAGUGGAUGCAGGCUUCUCAGUCUCUCUGCUAAGCAAUUUUAGGAGGAAUUGUUAUUCAGAGGACAUGAUCUAGAAAUAGAUGGAAAUUAGGGCAGCUGGAUGGCUCAGUUGGUUAGAGAGCGAGCCCUGAACAACAGGGUUGCUGGUUCAAUUCCCACAUGGGAUGGU